GCAGUGACCUGAGGAAGAGGCGCCAUCCAUUCAGUGUUUUGGACUGGCAAAGCAGUGUUAUUCCUGCAUCGUGGAGUGAGGAGUUAUCAGAGCCUGUGCUGGUUGAUAUGGUGGAGGCCUGCUCUACUCCACAUCAGGAGAGUAAGGACCACACGUCUGGUCAUUGCAAGUAUCAGGUCAUGAGAACAGCUGCCAAGCAACGCCACUUCAAGAGAGAGUGCCACACGCAGCAACAGUUUUUGCAUGAGAAGCGUACCAUUCUGUGCUUGGCUUCAGAUUUUCAUGGCUAUAUAAGAGGCAGAAUAGCAUCUCCUGUCAUGCAUUCCAAGAGGGAGAUCACAACAGACAACAUCAUGAACCACUUGGCAAUUCUUUCCUGUGUUGCUGUCUGCGUGUGUGUUGGGCUGGUUUCAGCUGCAAGAGUAGAACUUGUACCUGUGUAUGAUCAAGUCGUUGAUGAAUCAUCAUUUGUUCCUCAAGUUAUUCCCAGAAGUGCUUCAGAUUUAGAAACAGCUGCAAGUGGUCAUGGUCACUAUGGUCGAGUGCAGAUCAAGGUGUACAGAGGACCUACAACACAUGGGCACCAUGAACACUUUGCUCCUCAUGGAUUCUGGGUGAAACAACCAGCUGAUGACCAUCAUUAACUGUGUUGCUGCAGUACUUGUUGAUCGAAGCAAGUGUAAUAAUUUGUUAUCUGUUUUUACAAUAAAGAUGUUGAAAUAAUUUUAAAAUCUUUUUGUACCUGACUGCAAGUCACUGAUUUACACUUCUGAGUCACUUACAAGAAAUUAUGCUAUAUAUGUCAUGUAGUAUUCACACUUUGGGAAGAAGGGGAAGAAAAGAGCUAGAAUGAGCGAAUGAAAAUUGUACCUCUAUUUACAUCACGUAAUAAAUAUAGUAAGCAGGAACA